AUGAAGAGAAAGUUGGACGACGAAAUCGUGACAUUCGACUUGUGCGUUAUUGGCAGCUCCACCAAAUGCUCCGUUCAAAAGAACGAUCUGACUACAGACUGGCUUUUGGGCAAAAUUGAAGAGAUUACUUCGAAAAAUGAUCAUCGACUAGUUCCGUCGAUGCAGUUCAUUUCCAUUUGGGAUGGAAACGAUCUCCUGCGGCCGUCAUUUCAAAUUCUUGACGAUUUGGACUCUUCGAAGGACACAAGUCUUUGUAAGCGAGGGUUCAAGUCUGGAAUGCGCAUUGAAGUCCUUCCACAUGCGCCGCCGUGUGAUAUUACUGAAGAAGAAGAGCUAGAUUUCGUAGAACUGCUUCUGAGCAAAGAUUUCUUCCGUGCUCUCCGAGACCAAUUUUUAAGGACCCGCUGGGACCGACAAAUCCAGAACAAUAUCAUGAUUUCGCAAGAGUCUAAAGAACACGGCCGCUACUUUAUAUCUGGACCGAAAAGUGUUUUCGAUCACCCAGAGCUGAUUGACCAAAAAUUCCUUGGACAAAGAAUUCCGCUUGGAGAUCGGCAUCUUAUGCGUUCCUUCAUCGCUGGGAACUCAAGAAAAACUCCAGAAGCAAAAUAUUACUUCGAAGAUGAUCUUUCCUUUAUCAAACAAUUGAUGCUUGACGAUGGUUUUACGCUCAAAGAGUGGAACGAUGUCGUUGACACAGCGCCAGAAAAAAUCUUCUACGAUCGAUUCAACGAUCAUACUCUCAUUGAAUAA